AAGCUGAUGGGUGCUGUGUCUCUCCAAAUUUUUAGAUCCAGAUAUACAUUGGGUAACUUCAUAGGUUUUCAAAGGAACAGUCUUCUGAGCAAAUCUGAAAACUCUCUAAACUCCAUUGCUAUGAGACAGAGAGAAGGAAGAGAGAAGGUAACAAGGAAAGAAGGAUGGAAGAGAGGGCAUGAGGACAGUUAUUUGGAAAUGGCACAGAGGCAUUUACAAAGAUCAUUAUAUCCUUGGGUCCUUUACCUUCCUCAGCCCUACGCAGAGCUUGAAGCAGUCAUCAGCCAUGUUGGAAAAUUGCUCAUGGCAAGGAACUGAGAGGCCUCUAAGGACUUCAGGUAGCAUCUAGAAUGAAUGUGGACGUACUACUACAACCAGCAAAAAGACCAGUCAUGCAACCACAAGGAAUUAACUUCUACCAAAGUCCAGGGAUGCACAUCGAGUUCUCUGUCAGGGAAGGGGAAGAAGAUGAGCACUCAGCAUCCAUCCAAUCUCUCCAACGGGAGACCGCAGCUCUUCCCUCAUACCCUUCAGGGGGAUGCUGAGCCUAAGGCCAGGAAACCAUUUUGGACACUGCUUUGCAAGUCCUGCAAAGCAAUUAAAGGCAUUCUUAAAGAUAAAGACACUGAGAAGAAACAUCACAUACUGGAGGAGAACCAAGGGCGGAUAGUUUCACAGAACACAGGAGAGCAUCAGCAGGGUAAGAAGUCUAAAGUGAGGAGAGCCAAAUGGAAUCGUACUCCCAAGAUAAUGUCACAGAUAAUGCUUCUGACUCAGUCAGAAAGCCACUCUUGCCCCAAGCUGUCAGAAAACUUUGGGCAUAAAGGUCAAAUUGCAGAGUUUUCAAGCAUGAAACAAAGGAACAUGGAAAAACUGCAGAAAAAUGAGAGAAGUGGUUACACUAUUAACACAAUGGCCUUGGAGGAUGGGGUAGAGGUGUUGGACGGGGUAGAUGUGUUGCAACAGUACAGGGGAAGGAUGAUUUGUGAUGGGCAACCCCCCUGCUGGCACACUAAACCAGUAUCCAAGACCAACACCUGCAACGACCUGCUCACCAGUGACUUCUCUCCAACCACCCAUUCAUGCCAGCUGGCUGCUUCCAAAAUACGAUUUUGCUUACGCUGA